UGCAACUACCGGUAGAUUGAUUAUGCAAUAGGCCUAGUUAGUCUAAAGACAAUCUUUUUAGACACUGAUAAUGGACAUCGGCUUGAAAAUGGCAACGGCAGUAUCAAAGUCAACCAGCGACAAUGCAGCUGCAACUAAUGAUGCUGAUGACAAUUUUGAAAUCUUGGAGCUUGCAGAGGCUGGCAAGAACUGGCUGGAGAGGGCACUAGAUGGAGAACUCUCAAAAAAAUCAGUUCCUGUUCAACUCGCAAUGGGCGGCACAAGUGGAUGGGUUGCUGGGUAUCUCUUUCAGAAGGUCAGCAAGGCAGCAGCAACAGCAGUAGGAGGUGGAUUCAUGUUGGUAUUAGUAGGACAUCACACAGGUUACCUGAAGGUUAACUGGAAGCAGUUUGAAAAGGAUAUCAGUAAAACUCAGCAAACCGCUGCCAAGGAGGUUGAAAAGAGAUAUCCAGCCAUUCAGAGUACACUCAACAAAGGAAAAGAUUUUUGUCAAGAAGAAUGUGAUGAUCUCCAGUGGUUUCGCAGCAGGAUUCCUCCUUGGGAUGGCUAUGUAACAAAUGAUAUUGAACUAUUCCAAUGGACAAGCCAUCUUUCUUGCGACAGUCACCAGCUUUAAUCCAAAGUGGCAACCAUUUCCAGGAGAGGAGAGCUUUAACACUGUAAUCCUAGAUUCAUGCGGUGGAGAAAUGGAUCUCAAAAUAUGAACAUCAGGGUGUUUGAUUAUUAGGUGGCUAUCCUGUGGAUCAAACUGUGACAAGAAAAAUCUGCACUUCAUAGGCCUCGUUCACACAAGUUUAAGUAAACAGCCGUAAAAAAAAUAAUCUGUGGCUAAGUUGAACCAUUUUACUACCGGCAUGACAGGUUGGGAUGAAAAGAAAUAACUCUGGGUUACUAAACCCUCUAUUCUAUGCAUACUGGUUCUCAUUUAUCCCUGUAUUAGAAUACACAGAGAAGUGAAGCUCACUAUGAUUUAUGUAAUUUUAGUUUGCUUUGCCCUUUUUUUAGGCAGUUUACAAAGUCUUGUGUGAACAGGGCAAUAGCAUAGGCUGUCCGUACACUGACUUGCAUCAUAAACAGGUUCUCAUUGCACCCACCAUCAAAUCAGAUCAAUCUACCGUAUGUUAAUAUGAUUUUGUUUUAAAUUGUAGAUAAUAUGCAUUAUAUGAUUAUUUUCAAAUGAAAUGCCACUGCUGAUGAUACUAUGAUUAAUAGCUACCAUUUGUAAUUUGUGGGUUAUUAGCUUUAAAUUGUGUGCACGUUAAAAGGGUGUCGGGAACGGGAUGUGAAAUGGUUUAGUGUAUAAUAGGGACGCCCCUGCUAAUUGCACCCUUUUGCCUGGCACACAAUGAACUGGUAGAGAUGUACGCAGUACUCAAACUUCUAGAAGUCCAUUUAAUCAUGAGUAUUGGUAUAUUCAUACAUGUAUGCCGAUAUUCUUGAAAGUAGCCCAAGUUAAUAAUCCUGGCUUAGAAUAGGCCACCGAUGUAUGAAAAGCCAAGUGUCAACCCUUUGAAAUGACUGUAAUGAUAUAACAAAAGAAAUAGACCAAUGUAAUUGGUCAUGUGCAAGUACUUCCAUUUGUGUAUUUUUAUUCAUUAUUAGAAUAAGUAAUACAAAAUUGAAAAGUAGCAGUGAAUAAAAAAAAUACUAAACUUGAAGUAUAAGUCUGUAUUUAGAAAUAUAGAAGUAUGGUGAUUUGUACAAGAUUGGAGGGGUAGAUGUUUGGCACUCGAUAAGUCGAUGGACCAAAUCUUUGCUCUUUGAUAGGGUUUAAUUACGUUAAACCUAGCCUCAUGUUAGGGUACUUUCGAGAAUACAGGCCUAUGUGUCUUUGUAGCUUGUACAACAUGAAUGUAAUAAACUGGUCCGCUAUUGCCCCUUGCUUGACCAUUGUACAUAUAUAGUGAAGUGAAAUCCUACUGAAAUCUAUAAUGGAUGCAUUGUUUCCUUGAGUGCUAAACAUAAAAAGAAUCAGUGUUUAUAUUACUUAGAGGUACUUCUUAACCUUUGAAAACAUUGAUCAUUGAAGUACGUGUACUUGAAAUGUUAAACAGUUAUGCUUAAACUGUCAGGAAAAAAAUGUAUGAAAGAUUUAGAUGGUGCACACAGUGUGUGUGGGCAAGUAAUGAAUCCAGGGUAAUAGUAUAUCUGUAAAGCGCUUCUAGAGACAUCGUAGAUAUAUUAAGCGCUAUAUAAUUAUUACCUUUAACUUUGUGUAAUUGAUUCCCUACAGCCAUUUCUCCUUUGAUGUUUUGUACAUGUAGGAUUUGUAGGACUACUCAUGAAAAUCAUGUCUGUAUGUAAUUUUCGUACAACCCCAAUAUAUUAGUUAAGGUCUAGGACUGUAAGUCGACGUAAUUAGUCAAUAGAAUGCAUCUUUUUUGUACAUUUAAGCUAUUCAGUGUUCACAACCUUCAUUAUAAUUUGUUUUGUUUCUUUGCAUCAAAAAAUUCUGUGCAAUCAUUUAUUGUAUUUGUUUCUUUACAAUAUUUGAAUAAUCUUUGAUUUAUUAUUUUUGUGUGGUACAAACAUGUUAAAUACAGAUGAGAAUAAUGUAUGAAACACAA